GCGCGCGUCACUCAGUGCUUGGUCGAAGCGCGCGGGCUGACGACGCCUCGCGCAAAAUGGCGGCCUCACAACUUAUCACAUUUAUAUGUAUAAUACUCACUGUAUCAGCCCAGGAUUACUACCACACGCCCAGGAUUGGCUCCAAACAGCUAGCUUCGUGUUACAACAGUGAAGGAGUCGCUCAAAGAUGUAUCCCGGAGUUCGAGAAUGCCGCCUUCAUGGUGCAAAUGGAAGCGACCAACACUUGCGGAGACAACGGCGUCAAGGUGUUCUGUAUCCAGACGUCAGCUGGCACUUCUACUAGGUCGUGUGACAGCUGUCAACCUGGCCAGUUCUCCAGCUACUACCUGACGGAUCUGCAUUAUGAACAGGACAACCAGACGUGGUGGCAGUCUGAGACCAUGAAGGAGGGCAUCCAGUACCCUAACCAGGUCAACUUGACGCUGCACUUGGGUAAGGCAUACGAUAUUACGUAUGUGAGGAUCGUGUUUUACUCGCCCAGGCCGCAGAGUUUUGCCGUCUAUAAGAAGACCAGUGAAGAGAGGGUGUGGGAGCCUUUCCAAUACUUCAGUGCCUCCUGCCGCGACACUUACGGCGUUCAAGAGCAGAGAGCAGCGGAGUUAGGCGCAGAAACCCGUGCCCUCUGCACCAGCGAGUACUCUGACAUCUCACCUCUGUCGGGAGGAAACGUACUCUUCUCCACGCUGGAGGGCAGACCCUCGGCUUAUACUUUCGAUAACAGCCCUGAGUUACAGGAAUGGGUAACAGCUACUGACCUGCGAAUUUCCCUGGACCGUCUAAACACCUUCGGAGACGAGAUCUUCGGUGACGUACAAGUGCUGCAGUCCUAUUGGUACGCUAUUGCUGACGUGGCAGUAGGAGCGAGGUGCAAGUGUAACGGUCAUGCCUCCGUCUGCGAGACUCAGGAACUGCCUGAUGGUACCAGGGCUAGGGCUUGCAGAUGUGAGCAUUUCACUGCCGGUCGUGAAUGCGAGCGAUGCUUGGACUUCUACAACGACGCGCCGUGGGGCAGAGCCUCACCUACCAACGUGCAUGAGUGCAAAGCGUGCAACUGCAACGGUUUCUCCAACAAGUGCGAGUUCGACAAGGAUCUCUAUGAGCGCACUGGUCAUGGAGGAAGGUGCAUUGACUGCGCUGAGAACAGGGAUGGAGCCAACUGUGAGAGGUGCAAGGAAAACUUCUUCCAAGGUUCUGGGGAGAUCUGCUUACCUUGCAACUGUAAUCCUACUGGAUCUCGCAGCCUUCAAUGCAACGCUGAAGGCAAGUGCCAAUGCAAGCCAGGAGUGACCGGCGACAAAUGUGACGUCUGCGCCCCCAACCACUACGAAUUCACCAGCCAGGGCUGCAAACCUUGUGGUUGUAACGAGUCAGGAUCCUAUGGGAACACUCCUCAAUGUGACCCUCAGACUGGGGUCUGUCUUUGCAAGCAGAAUGUUGAAGGAAGACGGUGUAGAGAGUGCAAACCAGGUUUCUUCAAUCUGGACAUAGUGAACGAGUUCGGGUGCACACCCUGCUUCUGUUUCGGCCACUCCUCGCAAUGCAGCUCAGCGCCCAAGUACCAGGCUCAUGAGACCAGCGCUCACUUCAUCAGAGACUCGGAGAAAUGGGCCGCUGAAGAUGACCAGGAAAGAACUGCUAAACUGCAGUUUAAUGCUAACACACAGAAUAUUGCCGUCGCCUCUCAAGGAGUUGAAACUCUAUACUUCGUCGCCUCAAGCCAGUUCCUCGGAGACCAGAGGCCUUCCUACAACCAUGACUUGAAAUUCUCUCUUCGUCUUGGCGAAGUGAGAGGCUACCCGUCUGCCCAGGACAUCAUACUCGAAGGGCCAAGAGCUUCUGUGUCCAUCAAUAUCUAUGCUCAGAAUAAUCCUGAGCCUACUAACCAGGCUCAAGAAUACACCUUCCGUCUCCACGAAGACCCUCGUUACGGCUGGUCCCCAACUCUAUCCAACUUUGAAUUCAUAUCUCUGCUCCAAAACUUGACAGCUAUCAAAAUUAGAGGAACUUACAACAAGCCUGGUGAAGGGUACCUGAUGAACUUCAAGUUGGACACUGCUAAGGUUGGAAGGGAGAAAGGUUCUGCUGCAGCUAAUUGGGUGGAGAAAUGCUCCUGUCCGAAGGCGUAUGUAGGAGAUUACUGUGAAGAGUGCGCUCCAGGAUAUAAGCAUGAGCCAGCGAAUGGAGGACCUUAUUCGACUUGUAUUCCUUGUGACUGUAAUGGGCAUGCACAUAUUUGUGACACUGCUACUGGUUUCUGUAUUUGCAAACACAACACGACUGGCAGCAACUGCGAGCUCUGCGCUAAGGGUUUCUAUGGCAACGCGAUCGCUGGCACGCCAGAUGACUGCAAGCCCUGCCCGUGCCCUAAGGACAGUGGCUGCAUACAACUCAUGGAUGGAAGCAUAGUUUGUACUGACUGCCCUGAGGGUUAUGCUGGACCAAAAUGCGAGGUAUGUGCCGACGGCUACUUCGGGGACCCAACUGGUCAGUUCGGACCUCCCAAACAGUGCGAACUGUGUCAAUGUAAUGGCAAUGUAGAUCCGAAUGCUGUUGGCAACUGCAACAGAACCACCGGGGAGUGUCUCAAGUGCAUCUAUAACACUGCUGGCGAACAUUGUGAUAAGUGUUUGAGUGGUUUCUUCGGCGAUGCUCUCGAUCCUAAGCAGAAGGGUGACUGCAAGCCGUGCCAGUGUCAUGAAGCGGGAACUGUUGAGAGCGCUGAAGGGCCUCCCCAGUGUGACGGCUACACUGGAUUCUGUACUUGUCACCCACAUGUGAUCGGCAAGAACUGUGAUAAGUGCGAGGAUGGAUACUUCAACAUCAACUCAGGCGAGGGUUGUGAACCCUGCGAGUGCAACCUGGAGGGAUCUUACAACAAUACCUGCGACCCCUUCAACGGACAGUGCUACUGCAAACCUGGUAUCGAUGGGAAACACUGCGACCGCUGCCGCGCGUACCACUACGGGUUCUCGGCUGAGGGCUGCAGGGACUGCGACUGUGACGAGUGGGGCUCCACCAACUACCAGUGUGACAUGUCAGGACAGUGCUCCUGCCAGGAGAACGUUGAAGGACGCCGCUGUGACAGAUGUAUGGAGAACAAGAAGCGUCGUGCGGAUGGCCAGGGCUGUGAGGACUGUCCUCCUUGCUACAACCUCGUGCUGGAUGCUGUCAAUCAACACAGGAGGGAGCUGAAGGAACUUGAUGACAUUCUAGCAAAGAUCUCCAAAUCCCCCACCGUGGUGGAAAACGCGGACUUCGACAAUGAGCUGCAAACAGUACGCAGCGAGAUCGAGCGCUUGUCUCAGGAGGCUCAAGCUGAGCUCGGCAACGGGCCGGGAGACAGCCUCACUGAUAACCUUGCAGAACUCGCUGAUAGGCUGGCUGAUGUCAGAAACAUGCUGUUCAAGAUUGAAGACGAAAGUUACGAUGGCAACGAGGCUGUCGAAAAGAGUAAGGGCAACGUCUCCAAAGCUGAGGACACCAUCGAAGCUGCACAGAAGGAAAUCAACAGUGCAUUGGAAUAUAUGGACGGCGAAGGUGCAGCCGCUUUAUCGAAAGCUCGCAACAGAUCCGACCAGUUUGGCAAACAAUCCGUCGAUAUGUCAGCUUUGGCCAAGGAGUCCAGACUCUUGGCAGAAAAACUGGAAAACGAAGCGAAGAACAUUCGAGACAUAGCUGAUAAGGCGUUCAAUACUUCGAUCACAGCCAACAUUAUUGCUAAAGAUGGUAUUACUAAGCAGGCUAAUAUUAGCAACGAAGUACAAAUUCUGACAAACGAGCUGAACGCUGCAUCAGGCAAACUGAACAGCAUGACCGAGUUAGCCGACCAGGCGCUCAAGAGAGCUAAGGAGGUUUACGAGGAAGCUCUCGGCCUGUAUGCUGAGGUCAACACCACGUUGCUACCAGAUAUAAAGCUCAACAAACUCAAGGAUACCGCUAGGGAGAUGAAUAAGACGAUCGACGAGAAAUCAGCGGAACUAGAACGCCUGGUAGCCGACAACGAAGACACGUUACAACAGCUAGAAGACGCCAUCAAACAGGGCCGUGGUCUCCUGGACCAGGGUCACGACAGACAGGACGAGUUGAAUGACCUGCUUGCCAAGUUGGAUGAACUCCAGGGUCAAGCCAGAAACGAUGUGGACUUGACUAACCAGACGCUGAAGGAUGCUAAUGAGAUUUAUAAGACUUUGAAAGAAUUCAGCGAUCAAGUAACAGAGUCCCGCCAGCUAGCCGAGAUGGCGGCCCUCGACGUGCCUUCUGUUCAACAGAAGAUAGCGGCCGCAGAAGACAGCAUCAAUAGCAUCACUGAACAGCUGUACACUGCUAGUGACAAGGCGAAAGAAGCCAGGGACUUGGCUCAGCAAGCCCAGAAGGAAUAUGCUGAUAAAGCUUCUGAGGCUGCGUUUGAAGUGAGAAAGAAGUCGUCCACAUCGAGAGCCGAAGCUUCUAAGCUCAGAUUCGAAGCUGAGAAACUAUCCACUCGCGUACAAGAAACGGCAACUCAGAUAUCGAACUUGGAGAAGGAAGCUGCCGAAAACAUGCAACUCACUAGAGACGCUAAAAUGAAGGUUGGUCAAGCGAACACCGACGCACGUGAGGCUGAGAAGCAGGUGUCCAAGGGCUUGGAAGACUUGAAGAUCAUCAUGGAAGAACUUCAGAACCUGCCUACCCUUGACGAUCAAGCUCUUGAGCGAUUACAUGAGAGCUUGAACCAGGCUGAGAGCGAUCUUAUAGCGGUUGACCUGGACGGCAAGAUCAAGAGCCUGACUGAAGCCAAGAACAACCACCAGAGGUGGAAGAAACAAUACGAAGAUGAACACAACCAUCUCAAGUUAGAAGUCGAUAACAUCAAGGAAAUUCUUGACCAACUGCCGGAAGGUUGCUUCAAAAGAAUCGUACUAGAACCCACUGAGGUAUUAGGAAGUUAAAAUUAGAACAAAUUGGCUCCUUAACUAAAGAGGUAAGGUUGCCUUUCAAAAUAAAUGUUACAAAAAAAAAACAAUGGAACACGUUUAAAAAAAACAAAAUGGAAGGAUUGAAGACGCCAAUAUGUCGUAUGUUAAAAUGACGAAAGUCUGAAAAUAUAUUUUGUAUUUCCUAUUCAAGAUAAAUAUAGGCUUGAAUUUAUUUGCAGCCUGAAUUCGCUGAAUUUAAACUUUAAGAAUGUCUGGAGUGUAAGAAAUAUAAUUAAGAAGCCUGUGUAAAAUCGUUUAUAAAAGUCCUUAAAGUGCCUUAAAUAGUUAGUUUUAGAUGACCACUAUAAUACCUAACUAAUAAGUUUUCCUAAGGACUACUUUCCACCGUUUCAAUUUUAUACCUUUUUUACUGCAAGACUUAAAAACCUUACCUUUACCUUAAGAAUUCUACUGUUCUGCUUUGAAUAUCUCGAAUUAGUCAAUAGCAUUCUAUUCUCAUGAAAAACCCGUUUUUCUAGUUUUUUCAGACAUUUCAAAUCCAGUUAAGAUUAAAAAUGAUCUGUAAGAUAUAAACAAAACAGUGUUGUACUGACUAUUUUUUUCCUAUGUCUAUGAAUCAAAAUAUGUUUUUUCUUCCAUUGUACUUACAGACUGCAUUUACUAUCUGCAUUUUUGUACUUAGAAUUAUUUAAAUAGCAAAAAUCGAGGCUUUUCUACAUUAAACUAUGUGCCAUAAUUUUAUUGGUACCAUUGUAAAUAUAACAUUAACAUAAGUACUGUUCGUAAGUGCCUUAAGACUACCCGCAUACUGCAAACUUUUAGUCGGCCGAUAGUUUGUUUGUGCUCAUAAAUCAGUAUGAAGAUGAAUGGUAGUAUGCACAUUAUAAAGAUCAAGUAUCAGACCGACCGAAAAUUGAGCGGAAUUAAGAUUUUCUUUAAAAAAAAAUGCCUACCAGUGGGCCAACUGUUGACCGACUUUUUAGCCUGCAGUGUGCAGGUACUCCAAGUCUUAUAUAAUUCGGUUUUUUAUAUAAAAAAUAUUCCUUUUUAAAGUUCGCCAAAGAAUUGACGAUAUGUGUGUUAUUUAGAUAUGUUUACUAUAAUUUUUAUACGUCUCUUUACUGAAGGAUAAUUUUGUGAGUAAUAUAAUUUGUAUUGUAGCAUUUAUAGUAUUUAUUUGUAAUAAAACAUUGAUAACAUUUAAA